GUCAGGUGAUCCGAACUGAGCGGCGUUGAGUCUGAGACCGCGGGGCCGUAGUUUAUGCGUGCAAGCGCCCAUCCGGGGUUAGAUCAGCGCCUCGGACCGGCUCGGCCUAUGGAUGAAACGAGCCCGCUGGUAUCUCCAGAGCGCGGUCCGGCCCCGGGGUAUGGGCUGCCUGGGGGUGCCGUGCGCUCCCCGCCCUGCCCCGCUGCCCCGACUACUCCCGCUGGACCCUGUCCCUGUCCCUCCCCACCGGGAUCUCCCGCAGGUGGCCGCGACCGGGAGCGCCAGCCACUAUUGGAUCGGGGUGGUGGUGCGGAGCGUGGAGCCACGCGGGGGACUGUACCAACAGCCGGGGCGACCCAGACUCAGGCUCAAGUGGGGGUCGGAGUAGGGAUCGCCGCGGGUCGAGGUGAACGGGAGCACCGGAAUGAAUUUCCCGAUGACCCAGAAUUCGCCGAGGUGGUGCGACUGGCAGAGCUGGCGAGCGAACGCGGAAUUUACCCUGAGCGCAUCUACCAAGGUUCUAGCGGCAGCUAUUUCGUCAAGGAUCCCCAGGGGAAAAUCAUUGGUGUGUUCAAACCGAAGAAUGAAGAACCCUAUGGGCAUCUGAAUCCAAAGUGGACAAAAUGGCUGCAAAAACUUUGUUGUCCCUGCUGUUUUGGAAGAGAUUGUCUAGUUCUCAACCAAGGAUAUCUGUCUGAAGCUGGUGCAAGUCUUGUUGACCAAAAGCUGGAACUGAACAUUGUACCUCGCACAAUGGUGGUGUACUUGGCCAGUGAAACAUUUAACUACAGCGCCAUUGACAGAGUGAAGUCCCGAGGCAAGCGUCUCGCCUUGGAAAAAGUGCCAAAGGUUGGGCAGCGGUUUCAUCGAAUUGGUCUUCCACCAAAGGUGGGUUCCUUCCAGCUUUUUGUGGAAGGCUAUAAGGAUGCAGAUUACUGGUUGCGGCGCUUUGAGUCUGAGCCUCUUCCAGAAAAGAGUAACCAUCAAUUGUUGCUACAAUUUGAGAGAUUGGUGGUGCUGGACUAUAUUAUACGCAAUACUGAUAGGGGUAAUGACAACUGGCUGAUCAAGUGUGAUUGCCCCCUGGACAGUACCAGUAUGCAGGACUCAGAAUGGGUUGUAGUCAAGGAGCCUAUAAUUAAACUGGCAGCCAUUGACAAUGGUUUGGCUUUCCCUCUUAAGCAUCCAGACUCUUGGAGAGCAUAUCCAUUCUAUUGGGCAUGGCUGCCACAGGCCAAAGUGCCAUUCUCUCAAGAGAUCAAGGAUCUUAUCCUGCCAAAGAUUUCAGACCCUAAUUUUAUCAAGGAUCUAGAAGAAGAUCUCUAUGAACUCUUCAAGAAAGAUCCAGGUUUUGACCGAGGCCAAUUUCAUAAACAGAUUGCAGUAAUGCGUGGUCAGAUCCUGAACUUGAUGCAGGCCCUGAAAGAUGGGAAGAGCCCUCUUAACUUGGUCCAGAUGCCUCCGGUUAUUGUAGAGACUGCUCGUUCCCAUCAACGCUCUGCCAGUGAAUCAUAUACACAAAGCUUCCAGAGCCGCAGGCCCUUCUUUACCUGGUGGUAGCAGUUGCCUCUAUUCUCAGUGAAGAACUUUAAAGGGGGCAUCAUUUGAGAGAAAGCAAUCAACCCUCCAGACUGAGGUAGCCUGCUGUAGAUGGACGGAAAUGUAAGCAGGGGUCAGUCUCAACUCUGUAUAUUCCCUGCGAGAAACAAGGGAUGUUCAUUGGUUUGAUUGCUGCUGCCCUCUCUUUGGGCUGGACAUUGUCCUGUCAUCAGCCCAAGCAUGACAGCAUUUCCUAGCAGGAGCCUGCAUGCCCAUAUCCUUCUAAUGUUCAUUUGGAUGGACAUCUCAUAAGGUCUCCUACAAGGAAGGGCUGGUGGUGAGGGGAUAAUCCAAAUUGGAUGGAAGCACUUCACUGUGUGUUACUGCCAGCCUUGUUGUUCCUUCCUUGUUGCACAUUUGUUAUUCCUAUUGAAAGCAGGUUUUCCUGCCCCACUGGAUUUGCUGUUUCUCUUGUCCUAUGGAGGAGCUCCUAGUGUGUAUGCCUUGGGGCUGUUCAAUAGGAAAUGUGGUGAUAAUCAGAAUUUAAUCUGAUAUAAAGUAAUUUAUUGAGGAUUGGGGCAAAACUAAAUGUAAGAGCUUCAAUUCCACUUAGGAUAAAUAAUAGGGCAGACGGAUUCUGCAAGGCAACCAUAGAGCAAAAAUUAACUAGUGUGCUUCCUAUUCCUCUUGUGGCUAGGACCACGGACCUCAGAUACUAAUUUUUAAUUUGGUUUUAAAUUAUCCAUCCCAUGCUCAUAAAUUCAUGCUCCACAUAAUCCUAGAGCAAUCGAAAAACAGUUAUAUAUCUACCACUAUUACCUUGGGUUAGCAUUUCAGACACAUUUACUGUAUUCCCAAGGGUAAGCAAUAGCUGUCUCUCAUCUCUAGAAAUGCUGGCUGAUUUAGGAGAAGAGAAGUUAUUCCAGAAGCAAUGGUAUGCAUUGUCCUACAGAGUGGGAAUUCCAUUGGGCUGGUUUGAGCAUUGACAAUCUGUAGGGGGGGAGGGAAGUAGGGAGGGAAAUUCUGUGUGGGAUGCUGACAUAGGGAGAUGUCCUCUACAGGCUGUAGAGAAUUGUAAGAGGAAGGUAGAAUUUCUACCGUAUCAAGAUGAUGUUCUAUGUACAGUGGGAUGAUUCAAUGAUUGUUGCUUCUCAUAGGCUACUGUACUAAACUGGCAACAAGAACUUAUUUGAAAUUUUCUAUAUAAGUUUCCCAGUUGGCUACUUGGCUGCUUCCCAGACCUUCAAGAAGAGACUUUUUACUAAUUUUAGCUUCCUGUCUCUUUUAAACAAAGUCCUGAUAUGCUGAAUGUAGGACCUCUUUUUCUCUGGUGUUGCUGGCUCAAGAGACAGCUUCUUGCAUUUUGUUAGAAGUGGCAGGCAGAAGCUGGCACUUGGAAAUACUUUAAAUUUUUGCCAGUCCGAACUGAAAUGUAUUGUUCUUAUGCACUAUAGAAAUGUAUGUAAUAUAUUUAAAUCAAUGCAAAUCUCUUCAUAACAGAUCUGCUGUUACAGAGUCAGUCUCUUGUGUGUGUUUGUCUUCUGGAGUUAAUAAGAACUGGAUCUUCCCCCUUCACUAGCCUCACACCAUGCAGUAGAGCUGCAAUUGUGCCUUGACAUGACUGACUUUUAUUUACCACAGAUUAUUGUAGUCUACAAUACCUGCAUUGUCAAAAAGUCCCUCCUUAUUGUUCUUGUUUUAUUUGUAAAAUAUGUUUGCAGGACCUGGUUUAUGUUGGAGCUGCUACAACAUGGAUAAAUUGCCUCCUAUCCCUGUAUUUUAAUAAUUUAUCAUUGCUGCCCCUGAUUAGAAUGGAUACCUAAUUAUUACAUGUUCUGUGCUGAUAGCAUUGCAUGUGUGCAGGGACUGAAAAUCAAUUUUUCAAAUUCAAUAUUAAAUAUGGAGUGGAUUUACAGGAUUAUAUUCCAGCGUUGUAGGGAAAACCAUUACGUUUAGGCUUAGUGAGAUACAAAAUUGUGUAUUGUCUCCUAGAAACUGUUGUGCCUUAUUUUUUCCUGUGCUGCUGUUUAAUUUGGCCUUGACACAUUUUCAAACGUUGAUUAUUUAGUAAUGUUCAGAAAGGGUUGUAGAGGUAAAGUAAGUAGUAAUGUAACUUUUUGCCCUUUGAAAGUCAGACCUUCCUAUCAGUGUUUGAAUGGCAAUAUGACAUGAUUGUUUCUUGGUGGCUGUCAAUCAGAUCCAUGAAAUGAAAAAGCAGCUAUGUGUAUCAUGCUGUCCUGCAGCUGCUUAUAACUGAUUCACAUGUCUAAGCCAGUGCUGUCAAAUUCGCGGCCCGUGGGCAAGGUACGUCACAUGCUGGCCGCACCUGCGCCCAGUUUAGCAAAGGGCAGAAAAGUCCCAGUACAUCACAUGACACCACUGUGACAACCUUUGACACCCCUGUUGUAGGCCAGCGCUUCUCAGACUUUUUCUGCAAUUGUGGGGAAAAGGUACUUGCCUUUAGAGUAUUUGUAUGCAUUUGUGGCAGUGAGAAAACAUUUAGUUCUAACUUCAAUGGAUUAGCAAACAUGUUCAGAACUUGCUGUACUCACUAAAACCUUUUAUUUAAAUAAACCUUGCCAAUUCGAUAUUGUUUAAGGCAAAGGUAAGCAGCCUGCAGUUCUAAAAUCGAUGUAGCCCUUGGUGUAUUUUCAUAUGGCAUCUGUAAGAAAUGAAUCCAGACCUUUGGUAGGGCAACACUUUCUCUGGCACGCCACUGGGCAAAAACUAUUGAAGCUGGUCAUGUGAGGGGAUGUGGCUUCCUA